AAACCCCAUUUCCUCCGUUAAUUCAACCCAUCACCCUCACCAGAUCAGAGAAACCCAAACAGAAAAUAAAAAAGUGCACCGCCACUCUCUCUCUCUGUAUUUUUUUUUUUUUCAAUUUUUGGUCAUACAAAUCAAUCAGACUCAAAUCGCACCCGAGCAGCGCACACCAUUUGUCUUCUCUCUCUCUCUCUCUUUCUCUCUGUUUCUCAUUCAUUCUUCCUACAACAACAACAACAACUUCGCUUACUUUGUGUUGUGUUUGGUGCCCAAUCAAAUGCCUAUGGCUUCCUCUCCUUCUCUUUUAGUUUCGGCUCCGCUCUCUCUACCUCUCCCACGCGCUCCUCAACGCCCCUUCGUUUUCUCUCCCUCUCGGACCAAACCCGACCCGACCCGACCCGCCUCAUUCCCUUUCCAUUCCCGCACCUUCCCUAGGGUUCCAUCUCCAUCUCCUCAUCUCCCUCUCAAGCUUCUCUGCUCGCGCGAAUCCAAAGCUCCAGUUACAAAAGAAUUGUGGGAGAAGUCGAUUCUGAAGAGUGAAAUCCCUGUCCUUGUUGAAUUUUAUGCGAGUUGGUGUGGCCCUUGCAGGAUGGUCCACCGGGUGAUUGAUGAGAUUUCAGCAGAGUAUUCUGGGAGACUCAAAUGCUUUGUGCUCAACACUGAUAAUGACUCAGAGAUCGCUGAGGACUACGAAAUUAAGGCUGUACCUGUGGUUUUACUGUUUAAGGAUGGGGAGAAACGUGACUCUGUGGUAGGUACCAUGCCAAAGGAGUUCUAUGUGGCUGCCAUUGAGAGGGUACUGAAAUCUUAAUCGUAGUUCUGUGCAUGACUAGAAGCUUUAAGCAAAGUCAAAUCAAUUUUCCAGUAGUACCAUAAUAUUUGAAUAACUCGAAUCUUUCAACGGGUGUCACUACCUUGGCUGUAUAUAUGUUAGAUGUUUGCUUACCGGAUAACCCACAUAGGUGCUGGACUGUUGGAAUAUGUCAUCACUAUGGUGGUGAUGUUCUUCUCCCUCAGCUUUUCAUAUUUUUUGGCUGAAGAACUGGCUUGAACUUUUGAAACUACAUUUUGUAGAUAUAGGUCGUUUCUUCCUUUCAGUUUUGUAAAUCUGAACUGCAUUAAGUUCCCUAUGCACAAGUUCUGAUUGGAACUUUUUAAAGGUUGAAAGUGAUCAUAUUUGGCAAUUGUUUUCCUACUCUCCUAAGUGGAUCUGGAAUUUAAACCUUCUCGAUUGGCUUGCAGAAAGUAAUUUGAUUUCCUAUGGAAUAUCAUUCUUUUGAA